GAGGGAAUGAGAUGAAGAUUCCUGGCCAGGGAGGGAUGCACUCUGGGAAGAAAAGGGUACAGGGCUAGAACCAAGUGGGUGAUGAAUGGUGGAAACGGGCAUUGGCGUUGCCGCGGGACCCGCUCUAUCAAAAUGACGCUGGAGCUGUCCCCAACAUGGAGAUUAAGAACCCAGGUUGGUGGGCGCCCACAUGUCCGUCUAGCUCUGCCUUUGAGCUGGGAUCCCGGCGGACGCCAAGGGAAGACGAUCGGUCAGGAAAUGAAGCCCCAUCGGAAGGGCCGGUGCGGGAGUCUAAGAGCCAGCAAAGGCCAGCAGAAGAUCAGCGAGACGGCCGGGGCACCGGCGGCUCAUCUGUUGAAGCCCGGUGGGAGCCUCCUACGACGGGGGCGGGCACGACAACGGCAAGCCUCUUCUGCUGGGAGUAUUGAGAGCCACGAAGAGGAUGACGAAGACAUCUCGAGCAGCAAGGAUAGACUGGGUCGAGUUACACCAGCAGCAAGACACGGGACGGCAGGCGUUCGGGACUGGGAUUCCCGCAGCUAGACGAGAGAAGGCCAGAAAGGACAAUCGCCGCUUAGGGUUGGCGGCCGAUUGGAGACGCUGGUGGUCGACGAUUAGGUCCCGUUUGUCCCAAACAAGCAAGAUAACUGAUUCUGAGGUUGCAUCAGGUAUCGUAUUCUAGACGACAAAUGUCGGUCGUGAUUUACCACAGUGAUG